UAGAAUCUCUCCAUGGCGAUGGCGGCGCUUCGACUCGGGGCCAGGAGGCUGGCUGCUGCUCGCCCGCGACCACCACCACCACCACCGGCGACACAGGGCGGCCGUCGCGGAGGAGCCACGGCGGCUGCUGUGGCCGUUACCGAGGCACAUCUACGGCGGUUCGUCGUCUCCAGCCGGCCCCAGCCGCACCUUCUCUCUCGCGGAGGAGCAACGGCGGCGGCUGCUGCCGAUGAGGCUCUUCCACGGCGGUCCGACUGCGGCGGCGCGAAUCUAUUCUCGCCAAUUUUUCUCCUCCAAACAUGGUGAACCUAAUCCAAUCACCUUCAAGAACAUAAUGGGGCUUUUUAUCGAGACUUUUGGGCUACUUCUCGGGAUUUCAACCAUACUUAUGAAAGUUGCCCUUUUUGGGAUGGCUAUUGCUCUAUUAAUAAGAGACUUGUCUGGGCCUCGGUAUGUUCCUGUGAUGGCAAAAAUAAUGUUCGGGCCUGUUGACGACAUUGAAAAGCACCGUCCUAGAGUCCUCAAAGACGGCAAAUGGGUGGAGACCGAGCCCCAACGACGAUGAAUAGCAUAUUAUGUCUGCCCUUAGAAACUACAUACCGUAUUCCACUCCCUACUAAUUUGUACUCCACUGUUUACUACGUACUACUACAGUACUGGUUUGUAACUUCA